GACGCGCCCUGAGCGCCGGCUACGUUGCGGAAGGGAAGUCGCCCGGGCAGCGGCUGGGCUCGGCUGCUAGGCGGAGGUGGCGGGUAGCUCGGCUCCGGGCCGAGGCCGCAGUAGAGCUCCAGGAAGAUGUUACCAAGUACUUCAGUGAAUUCCUCAGUGCAGGGGAACGGAGUCUUGAAUUCCAGGGAUGCAGCAAGACACACGGCUGGAGCAAAACGCUACAAAUACCUCAGGAGGCUUUUUCGAUUUCGCCAGAUGGACUUUGAGUUUGCUGCCUGGCAGAUGCUCUACCUGUUCACUUCCCCACAGAGGGUUUAUAGGAACUUUCAUUACCGGAAACAGACAAAGGACCAGUGGGCCAGAGAUGACCCUGCUUUCUUGGUCUUAUUAAGUAUCUGGCUCUGUGUAUCCACUAUAGGAUUUGGCUUUGUGCUGGACAUGGGAUUUUUUGAGACGAUAAAGCUUCUCCUAUGGGUCGUGUUCAUAGAUUGUGUGGGUGUUGGUCUUCUGAUAUCAACUUUAAUGUGGUUCAUCUCCAACAAGUAUCUAGUAAAGCGACAGAGCAGAGACUGUGACGUGGAGUGGGGCUAUGCCUUUGACGUGCACCUCAAUGCCUUCUACCCACUCCUGGUCAUUCUGCAUUUCAUCCAGCUGUUCUUCAUCAACCAUGUUAUCCUAACAGACACAUUUAUUGGAUAUUUAGUUGGAAAUACCUUAUGGCUGAUUGCAGUUGGCUAUUACAUCUAUGUAACCUUCCUAGGAUACAGUGCAUUGCCCUUUUUGAAAAGCACAGUAAUUCUUCUCUACCCAUUUGCACCUCUGAUCCUACUGUAUGGGCUGUCGCUGGCACUAGGCUGGAACUUCACCCGUGCUCUGUGUUCUUUCUAUAAGUAUCGAGUGAAAUGAAGAGAAAGGUGGCAGUACCCAGCUUGACUGUGUCAACAGUAUUGGUGAGGUGAUGAUUUCUUGUAAAACUUGUAAAUAAACUCUUUGUAGAUAUCUUAAAGGUGUAAAGUUUACAGAUUUGAGGAGAUAUGCUAACACUGUGGUCAAGUACAUUCCUU